UAUUUCUUUAUAAGAAGCAACUCUGGGCCACAAUGGCAGUCCAGUGCCUUGCUGCAGCCACAGGAUGGACAUCAGCAGGGGCCUCUGCGGUCACCUCAUCUCUCUCCUCCUCUUCCUGUUCCAUUCAGAGACAGCCUGCCGCCCCUAUGGGAAAAGACGCUGCAAGAUGCAAGCCUUCAGGAUCUGGGAUAUAAAUCAGAAGACCUUCUACCUGAGGAACAACCAACUGGUUGCUGGAUAUUUGCAAGGAGCAAAUACUAAGUUAGAAGAAAAGCUAGAUGUGGUGUCCAUCAAGCCUCACACCAUGUUCUUGGGGAUCCAGAGGGGCAAGCUGUGCCUGUCCUGUGUCAGGGUUGGUGAAAAGACCAGACUCCAGUUGGAGGCAGUUAACAUCACCGAACUGAGUGAGAGCAGACAGCAGGACAAGCGCUUCACCUUCAUCCGCUCAGACAGUGGCCCCACCACCACCUUUGAGUCCGCUGCCUGCCCAGGCUGGUUCCUCUGCACAGCCCUGGAAGCUGACCAGCCUGUCACCUUCACCAACACUCCUGAAGAGUCCGCCAUGGUCACCAAGUUCUACUUCCAGCCGGACUAGUAGCACUGCUCAAGCCUGCCUUUCCUAUUCCCGGCAUAUCGUGACUCCAGGGACUACCUUUCCUUCUGGUCCUGGGGCUCCAGGCCCAGGGGCACUGAGGAGCGGCCUUGGCAGGGUGGCCCUCAGAAGGGGGCACAAGAGCCCUGGUAACAGGACUCUGCUUCCAGCCUCUCAACUGACCCAGCCUCUAUGCUGCCUCUAGAAUGAUCUUUGUAAGGAGCAAAUCAGAUCAUACCAGUCACUUUCCCAAAGCCUUUCCACGUCACAUCUGCAUUCAGGAUAAAAUCCAGGCCACCUAUUUAGCCUGGACUUCUGCCCUGCCGCACGCAUCUCCAGACCCAUUAGAUCACGCGCUGACCCUCCACCAAGAGGCCCCACACCCUGACUUACACUGAUGCCAGUCCAUGGGGAAGUUCUUAAGGGUUUAUGGGAAAUGGAAAUUAAAGAUUUCAUGAUUUACAAAUUAAACCAGCUUUAUUCAGUAUAAA